UGUUUUUGUUUAAUGGUUGUGCAAUUCUACCACAAGCAAGGAAUCCCUAGUAAAUCCAGGCACUUUGAGCCCAACAAUACUACCCUCAGAACCUCCAAAAAGUAAUUUUGUUAUCAGACGAUGCGUUUGGAAAUGCUGAAAGUUCCCAUGUUCAAAUCAAAGAAAUAUACUCGUUGUGUUGCACUGUAGUCCCCCAUUUGAUCACCACAAUAAAAAUGCAACAAAUUUCUGUUCAGAGGAUCCAUUGGCGGUGUGAAACACAUUGGUACCUUCAUGUUUACCAAGGGCUUUUUGAGCAACCACCAAGACUUGGAGACUUUCAAAGUGAAAUGGUCUCAUGACAACAUCACUGAUGUCAUCUAGGAAUAUUCUUCUGCUUGUAAGAAGUGGUACCGAUCCAGUUUUCGAUUGAAGAAAGAAGUUGCUAAAAAUGUAUCAUCUACAUGAGGGUUGACUUGGUAGAAGUGAAGGUGGAAGCACGAAGACCCGGAAGUGAGCAAGGAUUGAGAUUAAAUUAGAUUGUAUGCUCAGAUGAAAUGACUUUUGCCAUCCAUCGUUUUAUUUUCUGAUGGAAUGAACACAAAAGCCGGGCUCAUAAAUGUAGAUGAGAGGUUGUAGUGCCCAAAAGAAUGUUGGAGAGUGUAAGAUUACGGGUUACGGAAUAUCAUUCUACCGGGCACCGACUGAAUCCAUUUUCAGCGCUAGGAAUUUUAUCAAUCCAUCAUCACAUCGCCAUCGAUUGAAGGAAAAAAAAGGGUAAAUAUUAAUCAACCAGUAACGACCAUUUAUAACUCCAUCCAGUCGCAACCUUCGCAAUCCAUCGAUACUCGUACAUCAAAUCCAGCGUUCAUCUGCCACAAUCUCAACACUUCACGGUUUUCUAGGCGGGACAUCGAGCGGGAAGAAAAAAGUAUCGAGUCCUAAUUUAAAGAACAUACAAAAUGGAUCACACACGAGACCCAUGUCCUUGGGUGGCCUUGAACGAUUUUGGAGGAGCUUUUUGUAUGGGCGCAAUCGGAGGUGCAGUCUGGCACGGUGUUAAAGGCUUUCGAAACUCACCUUACGGCGAGAGAAGGAUUGGCGCACUCACAGCUAUAAAGGCACGAGCUCCUGUACUAGGAGGAAACUUUGGUGUUUGGGGUGGGCUUUUCUCGACUUUCGACUGUGCUGUUAAAGGAUUGAGGAAAAAGGAGGACCCUUAUAAUGCUAUUAUUGCUGGAUUCUUUACUGGUGGUGCUUUGGCAAUUCGUGGCGGUGCAAAAGCUGCAAGAAACUCAGCGAUAGGAUGUGCGGUUCUCUUGGGUGUCAUUGAAGGUGUCGGAAUUGGUUUCCAAAGAAUGAUGGCAGGAAAUACGAAAUUAGAGCUACCUCCUCCACCUCCUCCACCAUCUGAAUCCGGUCAAACCGGGUUUCCAGCCAUCGCAUGAUUUCUCUGCUUUACAUUUCUACAAAUAUAAUACCUCAUGUUGGUCGACCCCUCCAACAAAUUACACAAACUCUACUCUUUCCGUCCAGCCAAUAGAAGGUUUUGGUCGCAUGUAUUCACCUACAUUAUAACAUCGUGUAGGACCUCGUACUUCAUACUGGACUUGUUUGCAUAGCUGGGAUUGGUGUAUGUAUAUCUAGAUUUGACCUUUUGGACCCUUUCCCAGAUUUGAGAAUGGUUAAGGUUAUGUUAUCAAGCGUAACAAAUGGAAAUGAAGAUGAAAUUUCAUGUGCCCAUGAUGGUGAUUUUAUGGCUGGGCCGUGUGCAAAUGAUUCAGAAAGAUCUGUUUGGUCUAGCGGCCGACCCCUUGUUGUUUAGCAAGCCAACAUUGCCAUGUAUAUAUGUUCCUUGGUGUGGGUGAAUGAGUUAUAUUCGUUUCGUGUUUGAGUUCUUUCCUAUUGGUAUUUCCUUCAAUCAUAACAAUUA